UUAACCAAGAAGUAGGCCAUAGUUGACAACUUUUGAAAAGUUGUCAAUAAAGUGCAUUCAAUAUAAGAAGAAGAUUGUUGUAAUUGUGCUGAACCUUACCAGAAGAGGCCGGCCAACCAAAAUGUCCCCAAAAGCAUGGACUACUCAUCCAGGAGGUCCCAAAAGACGUGCAGGCCUCACAAACCAUCCAGUGUGUGUGUAGGUGUGUGUGUGUGUGGGUGUGUGCGUGUGUGUAAUCAGCACAGAGAGAAUGGGCCUUAUCAGACUGUGGUGGAGUUUCCUCUCGGACAGGAAGGGGGCUUCCUCUGCUUCCUGUUCUCGGCUGCGUGUGGCCCCAGGAGAGGUCUGCAAAGAACAAUCCAUGUAGAAAGAAGCAGCCAACACAGAAUCUAAAAUAACCUGGACGGAGAGAGACGGAGACUGUGGCGGAAUGAUGGAAAGAUCAACGGAGAGACAACAAAACUGACACCAACAGCUCAGGAAGAUCUGGACCAGGACGAGGACCGGUCCAGAGGAGGGCUGAGGGACCAUGGACUAUGAACCCAAGAAAUCCAAGAAGGGUUUUGUCUCUCCCAUUAAGCGUCUGGUCUGGUCCAAAUCUGGUCGCAGGCCCGUGGAUCGAGGCAGUGUUUACCGCCGCCCGCUGCACACGGUCCCUCUGUACGCCCCGGACUACCUGAUCCACCCUGAGAGACUCAUCUUUGACUACGUAGAGAAGGAGGUCAAGUUCCUUGGUCACCUGACCUGGGUGUCAGUGUCAUUAAACCCCUCCAGCAGAGAUGAGCUGCUGCAGCUCCUGGACACAGCCAGGCAGCUGAAGGUGCUGCCGUUAAAGACCAGCGUGGAUCAGGACUGCAUCCUGAGUCUCUCUGCUCGCUGUCUGCUGCUGACCUGGAGAGACAACGAGAAGCUGCUAAUGAGAAUACCCACACAUGAGAUCGCUGCUGCCUCCUACCUGAGAGACGACGCGCUGCACCUGCUGGUCCUCAAGACAGGUCUAAACGUGGACACGGUGGUCGCUGGAGACGACAGCCUGGACCGGAAAAAAACAACAGGUGUAGACGGUCGGCGUCAAACCAUGAGCAAUGCUGACCCUCGGCCUGCAGGGGGCACAAUGGAGCGACGCCACACCAUCUGUGGAGUGGACUGGAGGCCGUCGCUGUCCAGGAGAGACCACGACAAGAACCAGAAUGUAGAUAGAGGGGGAGGAGGAGGGGGAGAGAGGGGAGGAGGAGGGAGCCUGGAGAGGAAGAGAGUAGGGGGGAGCUGGGAGAGGAGGCAGCAAACACGCAAGACGGGAGGCGGGAGCUGGGAGAACCGCCGAGCCAGACCCAUGAGUGGGAGCUGGGGUGUGGGAGUGGGAGGAGGAGCGGGAGGGAGCUGGGAGAGGAGGCACGGAGGAGGUGGUGGGGGGAGCUGGGAGCGGCGCCAAGCCUGCACAGGAAGUUGGGAAAGGGGGAAGAGCUACGGCAGCUGGGAGAGGAGGAACCAUAACCCACUGGAGCCCACGCCCUGCCCAGACGCCUACUGUAACCUGGUCAUCCUGGCGGUGGAGAACAGGGACGCCGCUGAGGAGUACUGCUCUCUGAUCUGUCAGAUGUUCCAGAUCAUUUACGGCCAUCAAACCAUCGAGUGUGUGGACAGAGCCGGGUUUCAUCACACCAUGCCUGACCGCUAUUGGCUGCAAAGGAGUGACAGCUGCCUGACUGACAUGUCCUACAGUUAUGAUCCAGAGUUUAGCUGCUGCAGCUCAUAUGAUGGCUCCCAGGACGCCUUUGAGCUCUACUACAGCGAGACAUACAGUGAGAGCUCCUCUCUCUCUCUCCAGGACUCCCAUCGCAGUCUGGCUUCAGUCAGCGACCCCGGAGACAGCAACCCCGCCCUGCUGCUCAUGCAGGAGUACAUGAUCACUCUGCGUAACAAGCUGAACCCGGUGGAGCUGCAGCAGUUUGCCGUCUUACUGAGAGAAUACAGACUGGGCUCAAACAUCGACCACUUCUGCUCUGAACUGCUGCAACUGUACGGAGACAACCGCAAGUUUCUGCUGCUGGGCAUGCGCCCAUUUAUCCCAGAUAAAGACGUCGGAGUGUUUGAGAGUUUCUUGGAGAGCAUUGGAAUCCGGGAGGGCGGAAUUUUAACGGACAGCUUUGGGCGCAUCAAACGCAGCAUGAGCAACACUUCAGCUACAGCCAUGAGAGGGUAUGAUCACUGCUCCAUGGCGUCAGGAUCUCAGGAAUUCAACCGACGCAUCACUGACAUCACUCAUGACAUCCAGGCGCUCGGCUUCCAGGACACACACGGAGACAUCGAGGAGGAGGACUACUACCUCUGAGAGACAGCGACAGAGAGAGGGACAGAGGGGGCCGUAUACCUGUUUAAUUCAGACUGUGAAGUUCUAACGUGACCUGGACAGGUUUUAUCUAUAGAAGCUGUAAAUAUGAAUCAUCUGAGCGGGGCGUUUUAAUGACACUAAAGGUCAACUGCAAAAACAUUUCACUUCUAAAAGACACAACACCAGCUUUAGAGCUUCAAACAUUUUAUAAACAUGACGUGUUUUUUUUUGUUCCAUGAAAAUGAACGUAGUUUUAGUUAUGACAGAGAUAUUAUAUCAGAGAUGCAGGCGAACAAGCUGGAUGCUCCCUCUCCUCUUUAGUCCACAGGACUGUGGUUUCCUCUGACCACAGAACAGUUUUCCAUCUUUCCUCUGACCACAGAACAGUUUUCCAUGUUUCCUCUGACCACAGAACAGUUUUCCAUCUUUCCUCAGUCCAUGUUAAAUGAGCUUUGGUCCAGAGAAGACGGACCACGGUGUUUCUGGAUCCUGUUCACAUAUGGCUUCUUUUUUUCAUGAUCAAGUACAGAAUCAUACAUGUUUUUAUGCAGUGGCCCCUGAGGGUCCCAAGAUUCCCUGCAUCCAAAACUGACCUUCAGCCCUGUUCCAAAAAGCUGGGACAAGGACAACCAGCAAAAAUAGGUUAACUGUGGCAAAAAAAAAAGUUCAAGAAAAGUGGCAAAAAUGGCAGAGAAAAUGGCUUAAAAUGUGGCAGUUUUUGGUCAAAAAAUGCCAAAGAAACGCAAAAAGCUGCAGUAACAGGAUAAA